CCUCACGCACCUUCCACUUUCCGUUACUUUGACCUCACGCUAUAAUCAGUUGCUGCCCAUCUUACCUCUCCCAUCUUACCUGCUUGCUCAUUCUGUCUAACAUGGAGCUCUCUGCUGGUUCUUCCUCGAAUACCAAUCCGUCUACCACUUCAGAGGCGUCAUUUAACUCCGGAGACGCUACUUCGGAGUCUUCGUCGCACUCGAGAGACCCUCACGCUGAGCUCGUUGACGAACUAGAACACCACCCUUUUACCACCAGCGCGACCUUGAUAAGGGCGGUAGAGACUCGACGAGAAGCCUUGCAGCGAGGCAUAACCCGCGACCAGUAUUUGGUUUAUGCAGGUGUCCCUCCAGAGGUAUUCUCGAAACUGGUCGAGGAGAAGUCGCGAGUCAACAAGUCUAGCCGCUUUACGUACAGCAACAACACAGGCACCCUCAUCAUCAAAGUCAUGCUGCAUCCUGAACACGACAUAGCAGCGCGGAGAUUCGAUUUGCUUAUCGCUUCGGAGCUGGAUACCAUGGGUGUACAUGAUAUAGACCCCCUUGGAUCGACCACCGUCACUAUCGGCUCCUGGAAAAAGGAAGCAGAUUGCUCCUGGGGUCCUUUCCAACAGCGCGCUGAACUCAAUCUUGCGGUCGAAAUAGGUCUGUCGGAAUCCAUGCGCCACCUAGCUACGGACGCGAGAGGCUGGUUAGAGACUCCUUCAUCGACAGUUAAACUUGUUGUGACGAUUUCCAUCGACCGGACGCAGCCAGAGGUCGUCUUUCGUCGUUGGGAGUUGGCUCCCAGGAGCUACCGUCUAGUCACACGGUCUUCCCCUGCGUCAGCUAGAAACUCUUCAACAACCCGGGUAUACCGAGUCAAUAACACGACAUCCGUCGAUGGGGGAGAACUUGUGCUACCUUUCGACAAGAUUGUGGGACGUCAAGCAACAGGACCUCAUGAAAGAGACAUUAUACUCUCGGAGGGAGCACUGCAGGAUUAUGCUGAGAGACUCUGGGUCAGACAAGGUUUCAUGUAGUAUGCGUACCUAUUCCACUCGGGGAAACAAGCAAGUCAAUCGGCUUGUGGAUUACCAUCAGUACGACAUUGCUUACUAGUAUGGAUGGAGACUAGCUCUUAUUGUCAUUAGAAUCACAGUCAUUAAAAUCACAGUCAUUAAAAUCACAGUCAUUAAAAUCACAGUCAUUAAAAUCACAGUCAUU